AUGAAGUUCACACACUCUGGGCUUGCAUUGGCAGCCAUCAUGGGCCUCCUUGAAUUGGCUGCUUGCAAGACUGUGAAAUUCAAUGUCGAUCUAACAUGGGAGGAUGGAAAAGUAGCUGGAAAUACACGCAAAGCAAUCUGGAGCAACGGCCAGAUCCCUGGCCCCACAUUGCGAGUCAAGCAGGGUGAUGAUGUUGAGUUUCUGGUGAACAACUCAAUGCCAUUUGAAACGGCCAUCCACUUCCAUGGUAUCGUGCAACAAGGUACUCCAUGGUCGGACGGUGUCCCCGGAAUCUCUCAAGCUCCCAUCCAACCAGGUGAUGCUUUUCUAUACAAGUGGAAGGCAGAUGCCUACGGAACUUACAUAUACCAUUCGCAUAUGAGAGCUCAGCUUGAUGAUGGUCUCUAUGGCGCAAUCUAUGUGGAGCCCGCAAAUUCAGUGGAGAGGCCUUUCAGCUUGAUGACCGAUGAUCAGACCGAGCUGCAGGCGCUGCUGAAUGCUGAAAAGAAGACGCAGCCCCUAAUCGUAUCUGAUUGGCGGUUGUUCACUUCGGAAGAGAUCCUGCAGAUUCAAGAAGAGUCCGGAUUCUCAAGCUACUGCGCUAGUUCCAUCUUGUUCAACGGCAAGGGCUCUGUCAUUUGCCCCGGUCAAGACCAUAUCGAUGAUCUCACAAGAUCAGGAGAAAGCCAAGCUCUAGGCGGUGUGAGUAUGAGUGAUAUGGGAUGUAUGCCGCCAACUGCCACACGUUACUCCCGAUACGAUUUUGACCUCAGCAAAAUCCCCACGGGCUACUAUGAGGGAUGUGUGCCCGCUCAGGGCCCGGACGCAGUGUUCAAUGUCGAUCCUGCCAAGAAGUAUGUCAGUUAUGAUGUACUGAGUAUGGCUGGCAGUUCCUCGUUGGUCUUUUCCAUCGACAGUCAUCCGAUGACCAUUUAUGCGGUCGAUGGCCGCUACGUUGAACCCUCUACGGUCCAAGCUAUCAACAUCCCUGCUGGGUCGAGGUAUUCGGUCAUGUUAAAACUGGACCAACCCGCCGCCUCAUACACUAUUCGCGCGGCCAAUAAAUACGCCAACCAGAUCAUCAAUGGUACAGCAACAUUGAGCUACACUAACAAAGGGAACGGUGUGCCCACCACGAGCAGCGGCAAGCCUGGCUCAAGCACCACCACCUCGGGGCAAUACAUCAAUGAGCUCGGCACUGCUGCUACUCGAGGCGUGACCAUUCUGGACGACAACACUCUGGUCCCCUUCCCUCGCGAGGCCCCCGCUUCUUAUGCCAAUAAGACGUUCGUUCUCAACAUUGCUCAGACGUCGACCUCGUAUGGCUGGAAGCUGGGCAAUGAUUCGUAUCCGAUGGAACUUGAGGAGGUCGAAUUCCCUGCUUUGUUCGAUCCUAGUUCGAUCCCCACCAAGAACAUGAUUUCCACCUUGAACGAUACCUGGGUGGACCUGAUCAUCAAUGUCACCACUUCCGGUCAGCCUCAGCAUCCCAUUCACAAGCACUCGAACAAGUUCUAUGUGAUCGGACAGGGCAACUCGGCCUGGACCUACUCCUCGGUUGAGGAGGCAAUGAAAUAUAUUCCAAGCAGCUUCAACCUGGAAACGCCUCAGAUGCGAGACACGUUCCAGACCCCACCGUCCCUGGGCGCUCCCAGCUGGAUGGCGCUUCGAUACCACGUCAACAACCCCGGCCCCUUCUUCAUGCACUGCCAUAUUCAGAUGCACCACAGUGGUGGGCUGGCAAUGGCCAUCAUGGACGGUGUCGAUGCGUGGCCAGAGGUGCCAGUGGAGUAUGAAUUGGCGGUAAUGCCUACUAAUCAUUAGACUUUUCUUUCCGUUGUGAAUCUUGAAAGCGCAUCUCAUCAUACUAAUAUUGUGACACCACUUUCCUUUGUUUUCGUCCAUGGUGCAUACAUUGGGUCUCGGGUCGUGCGGCGUUUAGACGGUUGCUUUUCACUUUGCUUCUGUUUUUGAUUAUUGUUUACAAGUACUGUUGACUUGAAGCCCGGUGUAUAUAGAGGACUGAUUCUCUAUUGUAUAGUGCUCUGGAG